AUGCCUAAAUCUAUCCUCGCUGUCAACGCCGGAUCUUCCUCGGUCAAAAUCACCUUCUAUACUUCGGAGAAGCCGCCAAGAGCUAUCGCAGACGCGUCGAUCUCAGGAAUUACUGCACCCCCACCUACGCUCAAGUAUCAACUGGGCGACAAAAAGCACAAAGAAGAAGUCAACGAAAAACUCACCACGCCUCAAGAUGCAUUCAAAUACCUGCUGAAGCGCUGUCUCAGCGACCCUGGCCUGUCCGAAGUCGCCAGCACCGACGACUUGGAGUACGUCUGUCACCGAGUCGUCCACGGAGGUGACCACCGUGAGGCCGUGGAAAUCAAUGAAGAGACACUGAGCCAGUUGGAAGGAUUGGAAGACCUCGCGCCGCUCCACAAUUUCUCAGCACUUGAGAUAGUCCGCCUCUGCAGAAAAGAGCUCCCCAAUGUCAAGAGCAUUACAUUCUUUGACUCCGCGUUUCACCAGACAAUCCCCGAAGCGGUGCGCACGUACCCUAUCAACCAGAAGAUUGCCAAGGCAAAUGGUCUGCGCAAGUAUGGGUUCCAUGGGAUCAGCUAUUCGUUCAUCCUGCGGUCUGUAGCACAAUUCCUCAACAAGCCGAUCGACAAAACGAACCUUAUCGUGAUGCAUAUCGGGAGUGGGGCAUCGAUAUGUGCGAUCAAGAAUGGGGAGUCGGUGGAUACCUCAAUGGGGCUCACCCCUUUGGCGGGAUUACCCGGCGCGACACGAAGUGGAAGUAUUGAUCCCUCAUUGGUGUUCCACUACACCAACCAAGCUGGCACGUUAAGCCAAUCCAGCACGAGCGAAAUGCAUAUCAGCACAGCCGAAGAAAUUCUCAACAAACAAUCGGGCUGGAAAGCCCUGACGGGAACCACUGACUUCGCUGAGAUCGCCGUGCCGAAUCCACCUAGUAAAGCACAUAAACUCGCCUUCGACAUAUUCGUCGACCGCAUUCAGGGUUACAUCGGCAGCUACUAUGUCAAGCUCGACGGCCAAGUAGACGGUGUAGUCUUUGCUGGCGGGAUCGGUGAGAAAAGCUCCCUACUGAGGCGGACGCUGGUGGACAAAUGCCAGUGUCUAGGUUUGGCAAUCGAUAAUGCGGCCAAUGACAAGGGGCCUGGAGAUGAGGAGACGGUCAAAGAUAUCUCCAAGGGUUCCGGCAAGGGGCCCCGGGUUUUGGUUUGUCAGACCAAUGAACAGUUUGAAAUGGCAUAUCACUGCGUAGCCAUAGGUGCUCGCGGUGCUGGUAAAUCAUGA